AUGUGUGAGGAGUCCGUGUGUGAUGUGGUGGUGGUGGGAGCAGGUUUAUCAGGACUCAGUGCUGCUCGGUAUCUGAAACAGAGAAACACGCAGCUCAGCGUAGUAGUCCUGGAGGCUAAAGGGCGAGUAGGGGGUCGGACGUUGACUCAACAACUGCCAGCUGCUCAUGGCACUGACACCUGGGACAUGGGGGGACAGUGGGUGGGCAGCUCACAAACCCAUGUUAUGGAGCUUAUAAAGGAGCUCAGCCUGGAGGUGUACCCUCAGUUCACAGAGGGCAAGAAGGUUCACAGUGUGGGUGGUGCCAAUGCUAAAAUAAGCACCUACACAUCAAGCAUCCCUUCAUACUCACCGCUGGUGCUGCUGGACUUUGCACAGUUCCUCUGGAAGGUCCAGCGUCUCUGUAAGAGCGUGUGCGUGGAGGAGCCAAUGAGGACACCCAAUGCCCAGCAGCUGGAUAGCAUGACCCUGCAGUCCUACAUGGAUAAGAACAUCUGGACCGCUCAACUGAAGGAGGAACUGGGCCUGAGUAGCCGCUCUGUAUUCGGGAUGGAACCGUCUCAGCUCUCCUUCCUGUACUUUCUUAUGUACAGCGCGGCAGCAGGAGGCGUGCUGAAGCUGCUGGAGACCUCGCCGGGGUCGGCGCAGGAGUUCAGGGUCAAGGGGGGCACUCAGCAGCUGUCAGAGAGGAUCGCGGAGCAGCUUGGGGAGGACAGUGUGCGUCUGGGAUCAGCCGUGACGACCAUAUGGCAGAGUGAAGACAACGUUGAGGUAAAGACUGCCACGGGCAAAAUCACCUGCAAAGCCGUGAUCAUUACCUGCCCCCCUCACAUGGCAGCUCAGAUCGAGUACCAUCCCGCUUUGCCCGUCAAGCGCCAGCGUCUCACGCAGUACAUGCCCGUGGGUCACAUGACCAAGUUCAUCAUCACGUACCCUACAGCUUUUUGGAAGGAGAAGGGCUUUUCUGGAGAGAUCGUGGCUCACCCGUCUAAGCUCUGCCCUUUCGGGGUCACCUUCGACGCCAGCAGUCCCCGCGGGAGUCCGGCCCUGGUGGGCUUCGUCGCCGGGGUGCAGGCCUGUUACUGGAGCAGCCGAGAGUUUGAGGAGAGGAGGGAUGCUGUGGUCUCCAGCCUGGUGAGGUUUCUUGGCCCGGAAGCAUCCUCCUACAUCCACUACGAGGAGAAAGACUGGUCUAAAGAGGAGUACAGUGGAGGAUGUCCGGUCAACGUAAUGGUUCCAGGAAUGUUAACCUACUACCAUCCUGGCCUGCGCAAGCCAUGUGACAGGAUCUACUGGGCAGGAACCGAGACAGCCACUCAGUGGUGCGGGUACCUGAGUGGAGCCAUUCAGGCCGGCCAGCGGGCGGCUCUCGAGGUUCUGGCAGAUGUUUCUCCUGCUGUUCUGUCCCGAAAGGAACUUUCGACAGCGAGAGCAGACCGCACACGUGAACCAGUACACUUAUCAGUACACUUAUCCGAGGGUUGGGAGCGCGGCCCCACCUGCUCGUCGCGUCUCCUCGUCGGCCUGUCUGUCCUGGCGGUGACUGUGGGCACGGUCGUGUACUGGUCCACACCAGGCCUGUGCCAAGAUCUCAUCAGCAAGGCGUUGGCUCUAGUUCAGAGGUGGCUUGGAUAAAGAAGGAUGAACCUUUUUAGGAUCUAUUUUAAGUACUUUCCAUCCAUGAGAAGUGCAUUAUCAUUAAAUACAUAAUAUUGAUUUUUAAUCUAGGUAAAAGAUAAUAUCAUUUUUUAACCAUGUGACCUGUAAGAAAGUGUCCUAGGAAGAGCUAUUCCUUUAAAUAAUGAUUUCUAAAAGUGUUACAUUAAUAAUAAACUUGGAUGGAAGGUUUAAUUGAUAUUGCCUUGUGUAGACCGCCAUGCAAAUUUGAUGCUGUCUGUGCAUUUGAGAUGCAAUUAAUCAUGAACUGUCCAGUCAAAUCAGGCUGUGAGCUAUAAAAUCUGUUUCAGAAUGA